CCCUCAGCACUGCUCCUCAGCUCCUUUGUGGGUCUCUGGUGCCUGAGGGCAUCCACGGACAGGGAGCUGAAGGCGGCAGUGCUGAUGGAGCUGAAGGACUGCAUCGCCCUGCGCAACCAAGAAUUCAAGGGGAACUCACAGAACGACGCCCAUGAGUUCCUCUCGGAGUGUCUUCUGGGCCUCAAGGACAUUGGGCACACCCUCCAGAUGGGGGAUGUGUCCUAUCAGUGCCCAGUGGACACUCUGCUCUCCUUCCAGCUCCAGCACAUAAGAUCUUGCAGAAGCUGUGGAGUUGAGAGCAGGAGGGAGGAGAUCUCCACCUACCUCUCCCUCCAAAUGGUUGCGCAGGGCACAGUCCAAAACAGCCUGGAGCUUUACUUCAACGAAUCAGAAGUUGAGUACAGGUGCGAGCAGUGUGGGGGUCAGGUGUCGAGCCUGAGGUGUAGUUUCUACACACUACCUCAGGUUCUCAUUUUACACCUGAAGAGGUUUUGCCCCUUCACCCUCACCAAAAGCAUGGCACCGCUUCAGCUGGAGACAGAGCUCCAGAUCAAACAAAGGACUGAGGACAUUGCAGGAAGGUGUGGCGAGUCCCCUCAGGUUCCGGCCCCCAGUGCAGGAUCAGGCUGCUGCCCUGCAGCCCCCUCUGUUCUAGAGGGGGCGUCUUCCUCUGAAGCAUCCUCCAUCACUCAGGAGCUAGAGGCAGGGACAGAGAGAGAGAAGGUGGAGGGAGGCAGCUCCACCUACUCCUUAAUGAGCGUGCUGAGCCACAUUGGGACCAAUACGGACUGCGGUCAUUACACAAGUGACUGUGCCGAGGAAGGGGGACUCUGGCUCUCUCUAAAUGAUGAGGAAGUCUCCCCCACCACUCAGGAGGCUGUACUCAGAGAGAGAGCCAGCACUGCCUACAUGCUUUUUUACACCAGAAAGUGAAGUGCCCCUUCCUGGUCAUCAAGGCUCAGCACCAGACGCAGGCAGGACUCUCUUGCUCAGCAGGAGACACUCAACCAGAGACGUCACAUGUGAAAUAAGGGUUCUGUGAGAGGCUGUUGGACCUGCCCCCCCACACCCACAUCAAGCUGGCCUCCUUGGUGGGGUCUCCCCAGGACCGGAGCGCUAAAACAGCUCAGUACCAUCAAGUCCUGCUGCUGAACCCCCCCGUCCCCCCCAAACAAACGCAUACUUGCCCGAAUAAACCAAAAACCCAGUGUUUCACACA